GAAGUGUGGUUGUCAUGGAAACAUUCAAAUAACUUUAUUUAGAUUGACAAAGGCGGAUGUUUUCGUUGACAUGGCGGACCUAGGCCGGCAGUUACAGGAGUACGUGGCUCAGAAUAAAGCCGGGGGCAGUGGCAGUUCUGCGGCUUCUUCCCCGGGGGAGCGGCAGAGUUCUGAGCCGGGAUGGAGGGCCUGGUUCUCGCCUCCCAGCGGCGGCCUGUCGUGGUCCUGGAGCGCUCUGGAUCCGGACCCUUUCCUGCCGGGGAUGUCCGGGACGCAGAGAUUGAUGGCGGCUGCUCUGUGUGCGGCCAUGGCGGCUCUGUGCUUCGGCCUGGCCGCGCUGUAUGUGCCGCUGUUGUUACUCCGGGCUCGGAAGUUCGCCAUGCUCUGGUCUAUGGGGUCGGUUCUGGGUCUCGGUUCCGUCAGCCUGCUGCGGGGCCCCAGCCGCCUGCUCCGGGAGCCGGACCCCUGGACCUUCUUCUACCUGGUGGCCCUCGGCGGCACGCUGUACGCGGCCCUGGGCUUCCGGAGCACCCCGCUCACCUUGCUGGGAGCAGUGGUUCAGGUCAUCACCGGCGCUGCCCUCCUGCUGGGAAUGUUACCGGGCGGCGCCGCUGGGAGGCGCUACAUCAGCGGCCUGUGCGGGAGUCUGAUGCGGAAAGGAGUCUCCAAAGCCCUGCCUGUGUAAUACUCCGCCUGGGGCCCAGUGUGAAGAUAUGGACUGUGGGUCUCUGUUAAUUUGGGACCCAGGACUGUGGCCCCUGGAAAGCUACAGGCUGUAUUGUGGCCCCUCAUUGGAGCUUUGACUAUGGCCUCUGUGAAGCUGAAGACUCUGGACCAUGAGUCCCUGUUAAUCUCGGGGUUCUGGACUGUGGCCCCUGUGAAGCUGAAGUCUCUCUGUGGCCCCUGUGAAGCUAAAGGCUCUAGACCAUUGGGUCCCUGCUAGUAUCAUGAAUCUGGACUGUGGCCCCUAUGACGCUAAGGGCUCUUUAACUGUGGCCCAAUUGAAGCUGAAGACUCUAGACCGUUGGGUGCUUGUUAGUCUCAGGGUUCAGCACUGUGGCCCCUCUGAAGCCGAGGGGACUUUGUGGCUCCUGAACUGUGGCCCCUGUGUAGCUGAAGAUUCUAGGCCAUUAGGUCCCUAUUAGUCUCAGGGAUCUGGACUGUGGCCCCUAGAAAGCUGAGGGCUCUUUCUGGUUACUGAUCUGUGGCCCUUGGGAAGCUGAAGCCUCAGACCAUUGGGUCCCUGUUAGUCUAAAGCAGUAAUUUACAACCUGCCGCUCUCCAGCCGUUGCAAAACUACAACUCCCAGCGUGCCAUGAAGAGUGUGAGGACAUGCUGGGUGUUGUAGUUUUGCAAUAGCUGGAGAGCGGCAGGUUGAAGAUCACUGGACUUAGGGGUGCAGAUUGUGGCCCCUGUGAAGCUCAGGCUCUUUAUUUUGGCUCCUGUCUGCUCUCUACCGCUAGACAAUAAACUUUCUUACCAGCAGAGCUGACCGCUGUGGUGCCCACGCCCCACCGCCCGCCUGUGAUUGGUCGAUAUCUCUAGAUCUCCUCGUAAUCUGCCAAUGGGAAUGGACGAAACAGUCACAUGACACUAUAAUAUAUCGCACCCACAGACAUAACUAAUCCACCCCAGAACUGGACAGACAGUGUUUGGCGCAUCUUGGGCUCUUUUCCCGACAACAUGUCCUGACUUAUUUUGCACAAGUAAAUUGCCCCAAAAUUAUGGCGCGCACCAUUACUAAACCUGGAGCGUUUCAGGCCUCCUCUUCGCCACACUACUUUUCUCGUUAGGUGCAAUAAUAAAUCCGGUGCACGGCAGACUGAGCGAGACGGCUCUCUAGCACGUGAAGCUCCGUAAGGGUCCAUUCACACGUCAGUAUUUUUCUUUUCUAGAUUUUAGUUUUUUGCGGAUCCGUGUUUCUGCAAAAACCUUUUAGUUUUUACCAAUUGUACAUUAGCAUCUGUUCCGCUUUUCUGCAAAAGAACGGAAGGCGGAAGAAUAUAUGUUGCUAGGGUACAAAAAAAAGAAAAAAAAAGUUUUUUCUAUUUCCUGGAAACGGAUCAGCAAUUGCAGAUGACAUAUUGAUGCGUUCCUCAAUUUUGCGGACCCGUUGGCUACAGUGGGACCACGGACCGCAUUUUGCGGACCAUAGUAGGACAAGCUUUUUUUUUUUUGCAGAUCUGCAUAAUGGAACAACGGGCCCUUGAAAUAAAUGGGUCCGCAAAUUUGCGGAGCGGAUGACAAAAUACUGACGUGUGAAUGAAUGCUUAAGGAACAUAAGCUCCACAUUCAGGUCCGUUGGAAAGUUAAAGUCACGUUCGCGUCUGCGGCAGGUUGAUCCGGCCGCCAGUUCCAGCAGAGAAUUGCGGGAAUCGGCUGAGCAGGAACUGCAUUGGUUUCUGUCCGGCCGAUUCUUGGCGUAUUUUCCGGGUAGAGGCCGCUGGACCCCGUUAUAAUCAAUGGGGUCCUGCAGGCAAGGCUGGUCCCUAUCAGAACAACCCGCCGGAUCCUCUGCCACAGAUGUGAAGCUAGCCUACAUAGCGCCAUGCUGGACCGCUAUUCUCCUAAGCUACGUUACAUAGCACUCUCUUCUAUACACUGGUCAGGGUGGUCUCCUGCGUGGACUUCACCACCUCUGCUGGCUGAAUACAUUAAAAAACAAAACCAGGGGUGGACAUGCCGCUUGUGCAGCCAAUCCAGCUCUACAGGGGCCCAUUCCAGCAGUAAAGCUGUAGCAGAAGUGCACGGCUAAGCUGAGAGUGGGGCUUAGUGAGCUGAUGGGGGUGGAGCUUAACCAUGAGACAGGGGUCCGGAAAGGCCGAGUCCACACCUGGUGGUCUCCCCCAUUGUAGCCAGGCAAUUACUCUAAGGUUUUGACUUCAUGAAGCUUUGUAACGGAGGUUGUUAAUAUAAAAAUCUAUUUUUGAAGAUUUAUUGAUAUUUUUCUAAUAAAUUUAUAUUAAAUUGC